GAGUGGGAGCUGGGCUCUGUGCUUAUCCUUUUCUUGGUUGUUAUCGUCUAAUUACGUUCUCUUGGGAAGCAUUGGGUCGGAUAUCGUACGCCCGUGACCAUGGCCAUUCGUCGCUUCGAGUAUACACCUACGCCAACCGAUGAGAGGAGUGUGACGGAUCAGUCAUGGAAGACCAUUUCGCAGGUCAAGAUUGUUGAGGAAAAGGGGGAAGACGGCAUCGAUCGGAAACCGACAUUGAUCGAACGAUGGACCCAACCAUCGGUACUGGGACUGUCAGAUCCCGUGAACUGGAAACCACUAUCCAUGACGACGCCGAUUCUCUCAGCUAUUAUCAUCACUACUCUCCUCAUGAUCGUCGGUAUCGAGCUUCUUGCCCAGAAGAGUGCGCAACAGGGCGGGCUGGCAUUGUCCCCCUCUCUCGAUGAGAUACCACAAUGGGCCAGGAUAUCGUCCGAGUAUGUCCCUCAGGUACUUGCCGUCGCAUACAGCUUGGUAUGGAGUUGGGUGGACUUGGACGUCAAGCGCAUGCAGCCGUGGUUCGAGAUGUCGAAGCCAGAGGGCGCUCUGGCCAGGGACUCGCUGCUCCUUGAUUACCCCUUUACUUUCGUGGCAUUUGUGCCCUUUGUGGCUAUUCAGCGCAAGCAUUGGAUGGUGUUUCUUUCAGGUACCGCGAUGGUACUCAUCUUUUGGGCUAUAACGCCGUUGCAAUCUGCUCAACUAGGGACCGGUGCAGUCAAGCUCACUGAGCCUCGUGGACUUGCCACUCGAUCUCGCUUGCUCCCAGUCGACGAGCAGACAGACAUGCUCGACUCCAAGAUAUUACACGCAGGUUAUGCUAUCGCCUGGCUUGAGCAGCAAUACCCACCGUUCACGACACCAACGGAGGCAUUUUUGCCCUUCUAUGCUACCGAGAACGCACCGACCCAGCCAGGAGCCAACUGGACCGCAGAAACCACACGCUUGACCACCGAGCUUGACUGCUGGCCUGCGGAAUUGGUACUAGAUCCGAACUUUGCAGCGGACCAGGAUAGGACCUACAACUUCCUCAACGGCCAGGGCUGCAACACGACCGUAACUAUCCCCAAGGCAGAGAACAUAUCCAUGUUUUACAUGGGCUAUCACAACAGUCCUUACUCGAAUUUCUGGCUUGAAAAUAAGGCCUGCCCCCUGGAUCCAAACGUCGAGCAACAAUUCCUCGCGACUUGGGCGCAUGCGAGCCCCUCUCUCGGCAAUGACAGUGUUUGGGACUACAACGUUACUGCGCUCUUUUGUCAGUCCAGUUACUAUCAGCAACAAGUGCAGCUAACGGUCGAUGCCACUACCCUCAAGCCACACGAAAAUAGCGUCUCGCCAACAGGCCCGAAAGAAGCUCUAGCCGAUAGUGAUUUCAACAACACCGCCUUCAAAUUCUUACUGGCUAACGGCAUGCCACAAGAGAUGAAAGAGCGGGAUUACCCAGACACAUUCGUAGUCGACCAGCAUACAAAGCUGAAAAGUCGCGGAUUGUGGACGCCGGUUUCUAACAUGGUUGGCUAUGCACUUUCAGCAGAGGACAGACCCUCAGAAGAGUACUCGAAUCCGGAGACACUGGCACAAGCUUACCUUUCGGCUCAUCAGUCCUUGUUCUCCGUAGCUGCAAGUCACAUGUUCACGAAUCACACGCGCCAAGACGACGACAGCGCUGACGUUACUUUCACUAUGUAUGGCAUCGUUGUCAACCGAUCGAUAUCUGCAGCAUUGGAAGCCCUGCUACUCGUCAUCGCACUCUUUACCGCGUUCAUACUGUGGCUCAGUCGGGGAGCGUACUCAAAUUUGCACGCGAACCCUUCGUCUAUAUCUCGAGUCGCUGAGGUAUUACGAGACAGCCCUCAGAUGGUGGAUCUUCUGUGCUCCGUUGAUAAUGGUGAUGAAGAAGCGCUGAAAAUCGUGCUUGGGGAGUCAAGGUUUCGCUUAUUAUGGAGCGACGAUUCUUCGACGCCUUUUAUACAAGUCCGCGAGGCGGAACUAUCUUCCCCAAAACCCUCCUCGGCCAUCGCUCCGAAAGGAUACUACUCUCCUGUCAAACCAGCAGCGCUUCGAUUGGCGUCGGGUAUUGCUUUCAUAAUUGCGAUACUCGCCAUGAUGGUUGGUCUGGGAUAUCUCAAGUGGGCUGAGCUCAAGUAUACUGGACUCUCCAGGCCCUCCAGCAACCGAGAAGUUCAGCAAAUCCUUGAGAACUACUUACCGACGAUUCUAUCAACCUUCAUUGAGCCGUUCUGGGUCUUGGUCAACCGUUUGUUAUGCGUGCUGCAACCAUUCGACGACCUCUGGAGAGGCAGGGCUUCUCCUGAUUCCUCGAUUGCGGCUAGGUAUACGUCAAUACCUCCGCAAUUCGCUAUCGUCCCCGCAUUGAGACUCAAGCACCUCAUGCUAGGCUUUGUUUGCAGUGCAGUGUUUCUAUCAAACAUAUUGACGAUCAGCAUGCCGGCGGUGUUCCAGGACCAAGCUGUUGUGGCAAGAUAUCCAAGCUCUUUCAGACCGGCCGUCUCACCGUCUCUGAACGAAGACAAUCUACCAGGUUUUGGCGAGUACUUGAGAAGCUUUACAGUCACCGCAAGCUACCAUGAUCACGCUGUUGCUCUAUUGGCCAACAUGUCUAUCGGCACUUCUCACCCACCUUGGGUAUCAGAUAAGUAUUAUUUUGCGCCCUCGGAUAUCAACCCGGAGAAUUCCAAGUCAGCCGCGGACUCCUAUCUUCUCCAGACGCAAGGUUUUACCGUAAACGCGAACUGUACUCCUGUUGCAUCGCACACCUUCCCCAUGCUCGACCGACCACAGCGAGAACGUAUACCAGACGAGGAGACAUGCGGCGACGUUGUGGAAUGGGCGCAGGCACGCGCACGAGAUACUAUCUCCUUUACAACACCUGGGCUUUCGGCUACGGAGUACACGCAGCUGGUAGGCUGUAAUGAGAGCUUCGUUUUUGGCUGGGCCAGGACCGAACAUGGAGAUGCAUUCAAUGGAACCAUCAGGGGAAGCUUCGCUGUGUGUCGGCCUUACCUGGAAACGGCAAGUUUCGACGUGCAAGUCGACCGACAUGGCUAUGUGCAGAGAUACGAUAUGAUUGGGGACAUUGGGGAUAACAUCACCUACGAAGGUCCCGAUACUGACCUUUACAGUUUAGCGACACUCCCUGGCACGCUGUCUCAACGAGGUGCACAGGGAUGGCACAACGAAACCUUCUCCAAAGAUUGGUUGAAUCAUCUUAUCAUGAUCAGAUCUGGUUCCAGAGACAUCGUGGAUCCACAUGCACCUGUGCCUGAUCCGGAGGAGAUGAUCAAGUUGAUUGAUCCGAUCUAUCGGACACUGUUCGCCCUUCUCUUGGCUUUCAACAGGGACUACCUCUUCGGAGGAGUCGCGGUGUCCGAGAAAAUUGAAGGGUUUCGUCUCGUGACGGAAACCAGGUUGUUUAUGGAUACUGGCGCAUUUGUUACAAGUGUGGUCCUCCUGGGCGUCAACGUCGCCAUCGCACUGGCUGUCUAUGUCCGCAAGACACCUUUCAUUUUGCCACACAUUCCCACUACAAUUGGUUCUAUUGCGGCAUACAUCGCACCAAGCCGGCUUCUUUUCGACCAUUCGCCAACCGGGAACCUCAAAGGCCGCACCUUCAGUUUUGGUCGAUUCAUAGGGCACGAUGGGACGACUCAUGUUGGCAUUGAACUCGACCCUUUUGUGGUCCCAAUCGAUCCUUCCUCGUUCGGGAAACCCGCGAGAAGCCCAUGGGGGUGGUUUGGCAAAAGACAGCUACGAAAGCCUUUCAGGAGGGAACCCUGGAUAUAAUGGCACCAUAGUCGGAAUGUUUCAAUGCAUGUUGAGUGUGUCAAAAAGAAAAUGACUUCAGCUUUGUCUGCAUAUUUUCCUAUGUACCUGCUCUUUAAAGAGCCUUCGAUGCUGUU